AUGACAGAUACAAGCAACACAGGUUCAGCAACGAAUAUAGUCAAUCCUAUUGUAUUCUUUGAUAUAUCGAUUGGAGGUCAACCGAUUGGUCGCAUCAAGAUAGAGCUCUACGCAGAUGUUGUACCUCGUACAGCUGAGAACUUUAGACAAUUCUGUACAGGCGAAUAUAGGAAGUCGGGUCAACCGAUUGGAUACAAGGGAUGUAGCUUUCACAAGGUUAGCAAGGACUUUAUGAUACAGGGUGGAGACUUUGUAAAGAAUGAUGGAUCAGGUAGAACCUCGAUUUAUGGAGAGCGAUUCCCAGAUGAGAACUUCAAGCUGAAACAUACUGGACCAGGUACAUUGUCAAUGGUCAAUAGUGGAGAGCCUAAUAGUAAUGGAUGUCAGUUCUUCAUAUCAUGUGCAACAGCAGACUGGCUCGAUGGCAAGAAUGUUGUAUUUGGACAGGUGAUCGAUGGCAUGAAGAUCGUCAGAACGAUUGAGAGUGUCGCAAUCAAUCCACAGACAAGCAAGCCCAAGUUGGAUGUUAUCAUUACAGAGUGUGGCGAGCUGUAG